CCUGUCUGAUGAUGAACCAGGCACCGCAGGCAGAUGAUACUUUUGCACUCUUUGGAUGCCCUGAAACACCUGCUAGUAUCUGAUCACCACGAGUUUUGCUUUGCGCUGAUAACCAGAGCCGAGGCAUAAACCCUUCAUCUGGCAGCCAAUCCCACUAGAACUACACUUCCAUGGACCUCCUCGAAAACCCAGCGAGCGCUAUUAUACAACGUCUUUUGACUGCUUAUCACUGGCACAAAAUCACUAUCACAACAGCAGUCUUCUCAUUCUCUUGGACAUGGUGGGAGUAUGCGAUCACACUUGACGAUGAGAUUUCUCUCAUAUGGCAAUCCCGAUGGUCCUGGAUCAAGUUUCUAUUUCUCGUGAAUCGAUAUCUUGUACUUUUCUCACAGACAUUUGACGUCGUUGGGUAUCUUCUUCCAAAACCCACUUAUAACUUUUGUCUCGCAUGGGUCGGAUACAUCACCGUCAUCAACGGAACUCUACAAGUUUUCAUCGCUGAUAUCGUCCUUAUAAUUCGACUUGGGGCAAUAUAUGGUCGAAAGAAGCGCAUUGUAGUGCCCGUGAUAGUCUUGUACAUUCUCACCGUGGCCGCCAGCUCGACGGUGUUGGGAAUCCAGGCACAUCGUGCGACAGGGACUAACGAGCCGGUGCCUGGCUUCUUUCUCUGUUCCUUGACUAGUAAAUUGAAUAUCUUGUAUGCUUAUUGGGUUCCCAUAGCCGUUUUCGAAUCAAUAAUGUUCCUCCUUGCUGCAUACAGAGUAAUAUCAGAUUUCAAUGUGCCUAAAAUGGAGAGCGCGUAUGGGCCUCGGUCUUUACUUUCCAUUGUCGUCCGUGAUUCGUUGUGGUACUUCGUAGUUGUCCUUACAACUGGCCUCGCUAAUGCGCUGGAAUACCGUUUUGCCUCUCCGGGGAAAUACAACGUUCUUCAUGGUCCAACAUCAGCGGCGUUAUCGAUCUCUAUGUCUCGUGUGAUCUUAAAUCUGCGCAAAACGGGGCGGCAGGAAAAUCCUCUCCCAACCUUGCAGUUGUCUGUCUUGCGUUUCCAGGCAGGUCGUACUCGGGGAACUACUAUAGACACAGGAGAUGAUGGGAUGACCACGACUCAGGCAGAUUGACCAAUGGCAGAGUACAAUACCUUUCUCGAAUGAUGUAAUUUUCAUGUCAAGCUAUGACGUCUAAUAUGUUUGUAUUUUGACCUUCCUAUGAUCCUGAAUGUCGAUCCACAGAUUGAUGGACGAACGUAUGGACAAUCUGC